AUGGCAAGCACGACAUCAUCACCACUCGUCGUCAUUGUAUCCGGUGGUGGACCGGUUGGACUCACAUUUUCGCUUAAUAUUGCCGCGAUGAUGGGUAAACAUGUCAAAAUUAUUAUUUAUGAAGGUCGAUGGUUUGUUGAUGAACAUGGUAUUACUCGUUGGCAAGGUGAAGAGCAAGGCAACAUUCGUCGUGAUCAAGUUGUUACUUUACAAGACCAUGUUAUUGAACAAAUGCCUACUUUUAUUCAAGAAGGUCUGUUCCAAAAGAUAAACGAACGUGUAUGGCCAACAUCAAGAAAUAUUCCAAUAAGAGAAGUUGAAGAUCGACUUCUUGAUCUAAUUCAACCGUUUGUUCAAAAUAGUCAAGUGGAAUUAAUUCCUGAACAAUUAAAUGAACAAUCUAGACAUUUGAUCGAAGGUGAUUUUGAUGUAUUAGUGGGUGCCGAUGGAUCGAAUUCGUUUGUUCGUCGUUACUGUAAUAUUCAAAUGAUCAGUGAAGGCAUCGAAUAUGCAUGUGGUGUGGCAUAUAAUAUACCUGAAGAUGUGCCACCAUUAGAUGGACCUCUCCAUCAAGCACUUAAUUGUAUAUUAACGAUCUCACAAACACGUUAUUUAUUGAACUCGUCAGCGAGCCGUCGAGGUUAUCUUAAUAUUCGUUUAAUUCAAAAUGAAUAUGAAGAGUUACGUGAAUGUCUGCAACCAUUUCAAAAUCGUAAUGCAUCUUUAAAUUUAUUAGAUUAUGACAAAUGUCCAUGUUCACCUGUAUGGUCAAUUGUUCGACAAGGAUUGGACUUUUUUAAAAUAUCUGCAAAAUAUGUUAUUCGUGUUGUACCAAUCGAGAUUAAUGUUCGACAUGCAUCAAUUGUCGUUCGAGAACUUCGUUUUGAAAUUAACAAAACACAACCAACAGCAUUGGCAUCAAAUAAUUUAACAUCGGCAACAGAGAAUGUAAGUGGUAGUGAGAAAAAACAAUUUAAGACAAUGUUAGCAUUUCUUGCUGGUGAUGCCGCAAUGAAUGUACAUUUUUGGCCUGGUCGAGGUAUGAAUAGUGGAAUGAAAGCAGCUAUGACACUUGCUCGAAAUAUCUUUCGUACGUGUACAUCUACAAUAUCACCUUAUUCAAUCGAAGUUCGUACUCCACUUCGAUUCCUCGAUUUUCUCGACUAUGAAGGUUUCAUGGCUCGUCUUAGAGCACGUGAGCAACAAGGUCGUUCAUUACGUAUUCUUAUGGAUCCGAUCGAUACAAGUGUUGGAGGAGCUUAUACCUAUCCUCAUUUACAACCUUGUUAUAAAACAUAUACAAAGAACUUGUAUGAAAAGUUGAAAGAAACAAGAUUACGACUGGAUCAACGAUCCGAUUGGCCUCAUCAAACAAAAUCAGUAACCGAUGAAGAAUUACAAUCAGCAUAUAAACGAAUUAAUCCUAAUGCUGUCGCUCAACUUUCAUUAGCUAAUCCAUGGCCAACACGAGAAAUGAGUGGGACUGAAGUUCUUGUCGAAGAUAGUUUUCCGUUCAAACAGGAACAAUUUUUACCUGUACCAACGAUAGGAGAAGUCACUUUAGAUCGUCCACCAAGCAAAAUCAUUCAACAUCACUUUCUUAUUUUGUGCAUCACUGGUGACAAUAUGAGUGAAAAUACAAAGAAAAUUAUUGAUUCAAUUAAGACUUCUCCUAAAUUCACCAAUCCAUCAACAACAGCUCACGAACUACAUGUAGUUUCUACUAUCGAAGAAGCUCAAGAGUGGAUAGCGAAGAAUAAUGAACGUUUAGGAAAGCAAGGCAUUCUCUUCAAAGUGAUUACUACAUGGUCCCUUAACAAAGAAAAAACGGCAGUAGAUGUAAUUCGAGCAGUUCGUGCUGGUGCAUCACAUAUUCCCGUAUUGAUUCUUACGGAUAAAUCUGAAGAAACACAGUCAGCACUUGACUUUCCAAAUGUUAUUACUACUUAUGAAGUAUAUGAGGUGAAUGCAUUCGUUGGUAUUAAUCAAGAGACACAGUGGAAUCCAGGCUGCCCUGUAUCACCUAAGAAGAACUCACCAUAUACUUCAGAUUCUUCUCAAUCUAAUCACUCAACAAUCAGUACAGCGACUAUGUCAAAGAAUCCAAUAACAACAAAUCAAAUAUCAACUCAAUCUCAAAUAAAACAAAAAGAAAUUCAAACAAAAAAGAAUAAAUUUCAACAAUUUGGAAUCACUGUUGCUGGACGAAAUGGAAACGGACACAAAUUGAAUCAACUCUAUAAUCCUGAAGGGAUCUUUAUUGAUAAUGAUAAAUCAAUUUAUAUUGCUGAUUUUUUUAAUCAUCGUAUUGUUAAAUGGAAAUUGAAUUCAAAUACUGGUCAAGUCAUUGCAGGUGGAAAUGGAAAAGGAAGUGAAAAUAAUCAAUUGGAUUGUCCAACAAAUAUUAUUUAUGAUAAAAGAAAAGAUUCUUUUAUUAUUUCAGAUUGGGAAAAUAAACGAGUAAUUCGACAUUUUGAUCAAAAUCAAACAAAUCCACAAAUUAUUAUUUCACAUACUAAUUGUUUUGGUCUGACAAUGGAUAAAAAUGGAUUUAUUUAUGUUUCUGAUCGUGGAAAUCAUGAAGUAAGACGAUGGAAACAAGGAGAUAAAAAAGGUGAAUUAGUUGCAGGUGGAAACGGUGAAGGAAAUCAUCUUAAUCAACUUGAUCAUCCUACUUAUAUCUUUAUCGAUGAAGAUUAUUCUCUUUAUAUAUCAGAUGAAAGGAAUCAUCGUGUAAUGAAAUGGAAAAAAGAUGCAAAAGAAGGAAUUAUUGUUGCUGGUGGAAAUGGUCAAGGAAAUAGUCUCAGACAAUUAUCUUGUCCUGAAGGAGUGAUUGUUGAUCAUUUGGGUCAAAUCUAUGUGGCAGAUUCUGGGAAUGAUCGAAUAAUGCGUUGGUGUGAAGGAGAUGAAGAAGGUGAAAUUGUUGUUGGUGGAAAUGGUUGGGGAAAUCAAUCAAAUCAAUUGCGUUGUCCCACAGGUUUAUUAUUUGAUAAUGAAGAAAAUCUUUAUGUUGUUGAUAGUCAAAAUCAUCGAGUCCAAAAAUAUGAAAAACUUUGA